GACAUGCCUCUCUCCCUCCCUCCACCAUCAGACUCCUGCAUUUCACAAAACUCCAGACUGGCAAACAUUGAAGCGACGGUUAAAUUCGAGAAAAGUGAUCGUUUGUCUGUGUGGAUGUUUAGAAACAGAAUUAAGAGCGAUGUAGUCCGGACGGCCGAGUGAAGUGAUGGGUUCAGAGGCGGUAGAGGACUGUGUGCAGGGGGCGUUAUCCUCUCUCUAUCCUCCUUUUGAAAGCACAGCUCCUCCUCUCCUAUCUCAGGUGUUCUCCGUACUUGAGUCCACCUAUCAGCAUGACAGCUUGAGAUAUCUGCUGGAUUUCUUCAUUCCUGCCAAACAUCUUCUGCAUAGAUUACAACAGCAUGCAUGUUCUCAGUAUCUAGGCUGUCUCUUCUUGCACUCUGGUUGGCCACUAUGUUUGGGAGAGAAGGUAGUAGUACAGCUCUCUACUUUGGACUGGAGACUCCUGCAUAGUACUGACUUCUACCUACAGGUGGUCCCAUUUUCAACACGUUGUCCUCGCCUUGCUCUUAAGUGCCUUGCACCUGGUGGGCGGAAUGUACAGGAGGUUUUAGUGCCGGAGUCACAACACCCGCUGGUGUUUACUUCUGAGUGGCUACAUUGCAUCAACAAGGAGCGUGGCUGCAAGAGAGAAGGUGGAGGAUGUUUGGACACCUGUCUAGUGAGUACAUGUGACGGAGUGGUCCGUAUUCCAUGGGAAGAGGUGGUCUAUCCUAAACUCCUGCACAAUCCAUCCGAUCCUCUCCAAGACAAUUCUGACCCAACUCUUGGCUCUUCAGGAGAGCAUGAUUCCUGGUCUUGGGAUGAAGAGGAUGACUUGCCUCCAGAUGGGAAUGAGGCAGAGAUUGAGGCUGCAUUAGAAUGUCUGCGCAGAAGCAGUGAUGACCACCUUUUAGGUGAUGGUGCUGGAGAUUAUGUUGAACUGCUAGAGCCCCGAGGAGGACCAGAUGGUGGUGCUGAUCCUAAACAGCGCUAUCUGGAGAUGCAUGGGAUAUGUAAGACCAAAACAUUACCCCUGUGUAGGAGGGGUAAAGCAAUACGACUACGAAAGGGGAAGGGGAGAGGGUAUGGGAGGACUGAACCUGGUGCUAGGGCUGGAAGUCUGGUACGAAGGGAUAGCAACAACAGCGGUAAGGAUGGUGUAGUUUCCUGCAGUGACUUGGCUACCUCACGGCCCUUGCCUCGUGUCAUUGAUUUAGGUCGCCAAAGGAGGUCAUAUUCCCCUUCGUUCCAGGACUCUGAUGAAGGUGCUAAGGACCCAGUAGGUCUUGAAUGCGGAUCUCGUUGUAUAAACAAUCCAGCCAAAGAGAGGAGGCCAGGGGUAGGUAAAGAGAGAGAUGGGACUGGAGGUACACUGCCCUGUCAGAGAAAAAAUGGAUCAAGUGGCCGAUGUUCCAUAGAUUCUAAUGAUGUGGCAAAGAACAACGCAGAGAGUCUUGGAGAAGAACAACAGGACCACACUCAAAGAUCACACUGUGGCUGUGAUGAUACAAUUUUGGACAGUACUUUAAACAGUAGACAUGAGGUUGCAACAUUAACAAAUCCCUCCAAUGCUGCAGAUAAUAGCACUAUCCCGUUGGCUGUUUAUGGGGAAACAGAAGGCAUAAAUAAGCAAUUGGCUGGACAAUCUAGGACAAGUACAACAUCCCUCCGAGAUUCCUCCAUGAACAAUGCAUCUGAUUUAUCAGGUUGUGCGCAAAGCAGAACCAAACAUUCAGACAAUACCAGUGAUGAGAAAACAGAUAAAAUUAUGCCACCAUCAGGUACAUUGAGUACCAUGGGAGAAAAGCGUGCGGGAAAGUCAGAGAACUUUGUUUGUCCCAGAGGAAAAGAAGUAAAAACAGGUGGAUUUAGAGCACCCAGGAGGAAGAGGAAAGCCAAAGGAGGCAAAGGGAAGGCCAAAUCCAAUGGCCGUGUCCAACAUAAAGGCAAGGGUGAUCAAGUCAUCUCAAAGAACCAGAGCAAAACCACUCAUCCAAUCAGCCAUUCUAGCCAAUCAGAGGAGGCUCCUCAGCUAUCCAAAGAUUGCAAAGUCAGUGUACCAGCCACUGAUGCAGAAACAGAUGCAAAGCCAAAGGCCAAAGAUGGAGAAAGCCAGUCUGGCACAUCAUUUCCUGACCAUUCCCAAAAAGAGAUGGGAUUAUCUGAAUCUGCUGCUCACUUGGAGUCCAAAUCUCCCCCUCCUCAUCUCAGAGACUUAGAUUUCAAUCUUCUGCAGUCGGGAAAGCUAAAAUUAACAGGUACUAUGGAUCGACUGGGACGAGCUUUGGUUUUCACAGAAAGUCACCUCCCAGAGGAUGGCUGGAACGCAGAUGAAAUGAUCAAAGUGUUGUCCUGCUAUUACACCAUCACCAGACCUAUGGUCAAAGAGAAGGGUCUUACCGUGAUAGUGGACAGCAGAAAGUCUGCCCCGUCUGAACUCUGUCUCUCUGCACUGAAGCUCUUCAAGGGACAGGUGGCAACAGGGCUUGACUCGAUUCUUAUCCUAACAGAGGAACAAGAAGAAUCGACCCAACCGUGUCUGGAUGGAAUAGAGGUGCAUACAGUACGAGGUACGGGCAUCCUUCAGCAGUUUGUGGACAAGCAGCAGUUGCCCAGAGAAAUGGGUGGAGACUUUAACCACUCACAUGAUGACUGGCUCACUUUCAGACUGAGUUUGGAGCAGCUGACUGAGCGCUGUGAAUGCGCCCUCACCCUGCUGGGAGACGCACUGCAAUCUAUAGACACAGAACCACUACCUGACUGUAUUAAGGUUAGGCAGCAUUUGAUGAAUGUUCCCCGCAGCGCUGACAAACACAGACAGUUAAUGACAAGCAUCCUCACUGACCAGAGGCUGACAGAGCUGCAGCAGAGGGGCGGAGCUUGGCUGGCAGGUCUGGCCAAUGGGACAUCAGGAUUGGCACAGAAAUCACCAGACUGCAAGGCUGCUUUAGCAGUGACCUCUAACCUAUAUGACAGUGUGGAUGAUGCGCUUCACCGGCUGGUGCGUGUGUCCAAUCAGAGGGGUCGUGACCUCGAAGCGCUGGGGAGAUUGGCUACACUUGUGGAUAAACUGGACAAGUGUGAGAAAGACAUAGAGCACAUACAGGAGCAGCUAGAGGACUAUAAACACCCUCCUUUGUCUCUCAGCAGACUGUCACUCAAACAGCACAAGUUCAAGAGCUUCAGAGAGUCUGCUAUGGAGCUUCACAGUGAGACUCUGGUGUUGCUGGCAGAGGUGGAGAACUGGUCUGAGCUGGACUGGUCUGGUCUCGGAGCUGUGCUGGACAAACUCCCUCCAAUAAGGGAAAAAGUGCGAGACAUGUCUCACUGUCUGUCGGACUGCUGGACACAGCUGGAUAACACACAACGGCUGCUGUCUACACUAACUGAAGCAUCUCAGUGGUGUGAUGUGGUGUCGUCCUCCUCUCCUUCCUCUUCCUCGUCUUCUCCUCUCUCCUCUCUCCCUCCUAUCCCUCCAUCACGUUUCCAGGAUGCUCGCGCUCUUGCACUGGAUCUGGGCGGAGGGGCUUUGUUGGACCUCUGGUCCCAGACUCUGGAGCGCUAUCAGAAAACACUGGCUCAGUUUAAGAGCCGAAUCCUGCAGGCGGAAAGAGGCUCGUCUACAGCCCAGGGUCAGGAGCAGGACUCUGGGGGACGAGGAAGGACUCCUGCGCCCAGCACGUCCAGCCUGGGGGAUUUAGAGGGGGAAAUCGAGCCAGACUGGUGCCCUGGAGGAGGAGGAGAAGGGGGCAUGCAGUCCUGGGGUUCACUGGCGUCUCUCUUCCGGCCACAAAACUGCUCAACACUCAAGAUUGGAGAGGAGAAGAAGAAAGAUGGGGUGAAUCCAGGAGGGGGAAAGUUUCUGCAAAAUCUGCUGCACCCAGCCAAAAAAAAUCCAACAGAUGCACCACUCCCUCCCAAACCCCCUCGCAAGCGGCAUCCCAGUUUUGACCUUCAGGCUCUGCUGGCACCACGUCGUUCAGCCGCUGUGUCUAAACCCGCUGAGUCCACAUCGGGACAGUCUUCUCCACUAUCCUGGCUGGGCCGUCGAGCUCUAACAGACUCCAUCCUUACAGCGGGAGUGACAGCAGCAGUUCCAGGAUGGAGGGAUCCUGCUGCUGGAGGAGGAGGAGUGCUCAUCAGAGGAGUGGAGGUCAGCAGUAAGGAAGUGGCAGAUCAUACGGGCUUCACGCGCCAACAUGUACUUCUCAGUCGCACUGAAAGAGAGACAGGGGUGGAGAGAGCAGGAGCAACUGCACAAAGCAAGCUCUACUUACAGUGGUGUCGACUGGUCAGCACAGAGAGGCAGUAUGUCGCUGUUCUUAAAGGCGUGGAGGAAAACUACUUGCCCCUCCUGGAAUCUUCAGACGUCCCGUCUACACUGAGAGGAAAGACAGAGUCACUCUUCAGUAACUGGAGAAGCCUCUCUGCCUUCCACACGCAGUUACUCCUCCCUGCCAUGGAGGGUGCCCUCUCUCAGACACUACAGCAGACCGACUGUUUCAGUAAAUAUAAGGAUCAGUUCCUUCUAUAUUCCCACUACAUCCGUAUGAGACCUGAGCCGGAUGCUCUGCUCAUCAGUCAGGCUGCUGACUUCUUCAGGUCAAAGCUGUCUUCCUCUCUUGUUCCUGCUCCUCCGUUUCCUCAGUGUCUCUCCACUCCCAUUCAGAGACUGGAGCAGUACUGCCAGACACUAGAGGAACUGGGCGGUCUUAAUCCCACUUCAGACUCAGCCCUCUCCAUCCUAAAACAUGCCCAGCGGCACGGAGCGGAUCUGCGAGCAAGUGAUCUCAUCACGGGGUGUCUAAUACCUGUGGCAGAGCGUGGAGAGCUAGUGCGUCAGGGUGAGCUGUGUGUGUGCGGUGGAGGUAGACGGAAAAAGACAGGAAUCAGAAACGUCUUCCUCUAUCAGAACUACGUCAUCUUCACCAAACACAAAACACCCAACCCGGGAUGUAGUGUGUACAGCUUCAAACACAGCAUUAAGACGGGUGAGAUGGGCCUCACUCAGAGUGUCGGGGAGGACGGACUGAGGUUUGAGGUGUGGGUGAGACAGGCGUCUCGCACCAGGGACUGUCUUACUCUCCAGGCCGCCAGCGUGCAGGACAGAGAAACCUGGACCCACGAUAUUGCACAGCUGCUCUGGACUCACGCCAUCCAUAACACAGAGUUGUGUCUGAAGGAGUCUCUGUGCAUGGGAGUUUCCAGUAAGCUGCUACUGGAUGUGACGGGAGCUCAAGUUUCAGAACUGGACUCCAGCUUCAACCUGAACGACAGAGUUCAGAGCAGUUGUUCAGAUUCGUCUUCUGUGGGCAGCAUGAAAGAGGGUGACUCGCCCGCCUCUGCAAGAGAUUCAAAGAGAAACAGUGAGCAAACAGGACACACUCAGAGCUCUUCACCCUCCACCUCUGUGUGAAUCAUAUCAACUCACAAUGCAAGUCUUAAAACUAAUGUACACAAUGGGUGCUGUUUCUUUCAUCAACACAUAUUUACAACUGGGACAACUGGACACAAACUGGAUCAAGAGACACACACGACCAUGUGAAUACAGUAUUACAGAAGACUGGAGGUCAUGUGUCAUCAGCUGUCUCGCUUCUUAUCAUUUCACUUACUCUUUUGAAUUGACUUUCAGUCUCAGGUCCAUCACACACAUUACAGUAGCAACGAAAAAAGAUGAUAUUCAAGUCAACAUGAAAUCAAAUUGUACAUUCCUAAUACACUUUACUGGUGUGCACGAUUCAUUGGUGUACAUUAUACCAAAGGAAAAUGUUUAUCUUCAUAAUCUUUUAUCAAAAUGUAAUAACUUUCCAUUCUGACUGAAAAUAAUAUAAAGAUUAGGGCAAAAAUAUUGUGAAUAUGGACAUGUUCUGGAAGGUGAACUUGACGUUUCAUGUUGACUUUAAGGUGAAUAUCUUUGUGUAAGUGCAGUUGAAUGAUGAAAAGAUUGAAAUGAAUGACACAAGAUUUACAUAGCCGUGUUUUUCACCAACGUCACCUGGAGCUUCAUACGGCUACAGAAGUCACAUGGAGCUUCCUACAUCAUUGUAAAUGUUUUGUUUUGUCCUCAUUGAUGCAAAUGUGGAUCAAAUCUAAACCAAACACAUGUAUUUUGCAAGAUUUUGCCCAACGCAAACUCUUGCAAAUAGCAAAGAUUCUGUCAAUGCAGCAAGUGGCACUGAAAUUUGAGUUAAACACUUUAACAGAUUUGUAUAUCAAACUUAGACUGUUGGCUGAGGAAACAUCUGGUAUUUCAGCCCAUCUCCAUCUCAGAGCAUUGAAGAAACAGGGAACGUGUUCUUCUCCAUUCUCUGAGUUUAGUUAAGCACCAGCUGUCUUUUAUUGCCAUGGCCGUUCCGAGAGCCAAAUACAAACCUGCAUUUCAAAAGAGAGCUGCUAUGGAUGAUGUGUUUUAUGCUUUAUGAGUUAUGUAAUUAUUUAACUCCGCCCUCAGCUUUUCCAUUAGCAAGAUUCUGCACAGUCUUAAGCAGUAUUAGAUGCUGGAACGCUAAUCUACUCAAAGGUUCAACCGCGUAAAAAACUGACUUCAGCUUUGACUCGAGCAACUGUAAUCCACUUUUGAAUUUAUGAGGUCUGACUCUGGAAAAUCAUCCUUUAUAAGCUCUGUUUGUACUUCGAGUCAUCUGUCCUCUUGCAUAUUUUAGAUGGUGGAAACUGUUAGCUUUUGAACAUUUCUUUUACUGAUAAAACAGCCAAAGUUUUUGUUUGGCUUGUGCUAAAGAUUUUGUAUUUCAAGUUGUUUAUUUGAGCUUGAUGUGCCGAUACACCCAUGGGUAUGAAAAAUCCCAAAUAGGAUCUUUUUAAAUUAAUAUGUCGACGACAUUUGUGGCAUAAUGUUCGAUUUACCACAAAAAUAUAUAUUUUGACUCAAGAAUCAAACUUCUGGUGAGGCUCUUACAAGUCAAUGGGGCCAAUAUUUAAAAGCACAAGUUAUAAUUUUAUUGAAGUACUUAAAUUAAUGCUUCUAUCAAAAUGAGUAUUAUUUGAGUUGUGAAGUUGUUUAAAUCAUAAUUUUUACAUUUAUUUUAGGGCUUCUAAGUUGUCAUUGCAACAAAAUUGUAAAAUUUGAUGUAACUUUUGCUGCGUUUCCAUGUCGUAAUUACUGUAGUCUCAAGAUGACAAAACGUGACGUUCUAUACAGACCCGUUCACGUCCUCGGACUGGAAAUUUUGCGUGUCUAUGGCAACACUAUCAACACCUAAAUAAAUCUGCAGCGGUCAGGUGGUACAGCGGUCAUGUGGUACAAGUAAAAGCUCUCAGAAAAUUCCCAUCUUACAAGCUGUAUUACAAGCUCUAUGAGCCUGUGAACAUUUUAUACAAGUUAAAAUCUUGUAAUUACAAAAUGGCGUGAACAGGCCUUUUAUACAAAAGAUUGUUUUUACGAUUUUUUUUACACUAAAAUCAUGUUAACAUACAUAUUGUUUAUCAUUUGUCUACAAUAUUGAAACCACAAGCAUUUUAGCAUUUACAUUUACAAAUUGCUCCAUUCACUUCCAUUGUAAUUACCUUGUGAAAAAGAUGUGAAAUAAAUAUGAAUAAAACUAUACUUGCUUAUAAUAUAAUAUUAAUUAAAUAAGAGGCUACUUAAGUAUACUUAAAGAGUGUACACUUUAACACUUAAGUAUAUACACAAUUUUAAAAACUGCGCUUUGUAAUGUCAAAUUAAAAAGUUUUACUGUAAAGUACAUUUUAAAUCAUUGGCCUGGUUUCCUGGAUGGCUUAGAUUAAGUCAUGAUUAGGCCUUAGUUUAAUUAGGACAUUUAAGUAGCUUUUAUAAACAUGCCAUUGAAAAUAACAUUACUGGUGUGCAUCUUGAGACAAAAUAAUGGUACUGACAUAUUUUAAGAUAUGUUAGUGCAAGUUAUUUUCAGUUAAGACAGCUCAAAAUGCAUUUUAGUCUGGGACUAGGGUUAAGCCUUGUCUGUGAAACCGGGCAAUUAUGUUUUAAUAAUCUUUUGUUGUGCUUUAAAGAAGUACGCUUAUUUUGAUGUGUUGACUAAUAUACUAAAGCACAUGUAACUGUAGUGUGUUAUUCAAUGUUACAUUUAAAGUUAAUAUAUUUUAAAUGUACUAAUGCAUAAGUUCAUCACAUGUAAUUACAAAUAUAUUUAAACACGUGACAUACAAGUUUCAAUUGAAAUUACAUCAAGUAUAUUUUAGUUUACCAUAAAUGCUUGACAGUACAUUCAGCAGUACACUAUAUUUCAAAAACAACAGAAUUAUGAAAUUACAAAUAAUGUUGUGCUUAAUCCUACUUAAAAGGGUCAAAAAGCACUCUUUAAAUUUAACCUAUAACACAUUUUUAAUUAACUGCAAUUAACAUGCAAUCUGAAAACAUUACAUUCAUUAUAUUCACACAAGUAUAUUCUUUUAAAAUAUAUUUUUCCAUAAUAAGUACUCUUUUUAAAAGUAUGCUAAAGUGUACUUCAUUUUCACAAGGCUGUCAAAGAGAGUUGACAUUUUGUGGUAAUCAACAUUUUGCCACAAAUGCUGUCAAUUAAGCUUAACUUGAAUAUUAUUUUAAUAAUAGCCAAAAGAUGAAAUGGAGAAGACACUGAGACUGAGUCUCAAGUCUCAUGAUUAUCCUCCUGAGGGGAAAAAAAAAGUUUCAGAAGACAUCUCAAUAACGUCUCAGACUGUGCUCAGAUUAGUCGAGACACAAAAGUCUGCAGUCAAAGAAUCAAAGGAAUUUUAGGAGAAUCAUCUUAGGCAAUGUUGAUUCUGAAAUAAAACAAAACUAAGAACUUCUGAAGAACAAUGUCCGAGCAAUAAAAAUGCGCUGUGCUAGUAAAAAUGGAAAAUUGCAUAAUUUCUUUGACAGUUUAGGCAGUUCAGAAGACAAAUCCCAUUUCUGAGAAAGACAGAUUGCUUGGAGAAGAGUGAAGGACUGAAAUGCAACAUACCCCAAACCUGUGCAACUGUGGGAGGAAUGUACUGUAUCUACAGCACUAAACCCACAUUCAGGCCAAAAAUACUCUCCGCAGCGGGGCGUGUGUGCGAUCCAACUCUCCCAAAACCAUAAAUACCUUGGCGUGAUUCAUAGUUUUGAUUGUAAACAGGAGCGUGUGCCAGAGAAACAAGCUGUCUUUAUAAGCCUCUCAUGAACUCAUCAUGUAUUAAUGUUUACAUUUUUGAAUGCUUUAAAUUGCAUGCUCCUUUUUGACUUUGUAACUGUUCAAUUGUCUUUGUGGGAUUAUUAAAUGAACAGAACCAA